AUGAGAAGGCAGCUCCGGUCCAGAAGGGCUCCGACCUUGCCUUACGGUUAUCGCUACAGACUUGAUGAUCAGGAUGAAGUGAACCAGAACUACUUAGCAGAUGAAGAGGAAGAAGCAGAAGAGGAGGCUAGGGUGAUGGUGGUACCUGAUUUGGAGGAGGAGGAGGAAGAAGAGGAGGAGAAAGAAGAGGAUGAAAAGGAGGAGGAAGAGAGUCACAGUCAGGAAACCGACAGUGCCUGGUGGCGGAAACUGCAGAUUGUGAAUGAAUACCUGUGGGAUCCGGAGAAAAGGACGUCUCUGGCCCGAACAGGCCUGAUCUUAGUCAUUUACUUCUUCUUCUAUGCCUCCCUGGCUGCUGUGAUCACUCUCUGCAUGUACACGCUAUUUCUGACCAUCAGUCCUUACAUGCCGACCUUCACUGAGAGGGUGAAGCCUCCUGGAGUUAUGAUCAGACCCUUCGCCCAUAGCCUUAACUUCAACUUCAACGUUUCUGAACCUGACACUUGGCAGCAUUAUGUGAUUAGUCUAAAUGGGUUUCUCCAGGGUUACAAUGACAGUCUUCAAGAGGAAAUGAAUGUAGACUGUCCCCCCGGCCAGUACUUCAUCCAAGACGGUGAUGAGGAUGAAGACAAGAAGGCCUGCCAAUUUAAGCGCUCCUUCCUGAAGAACUGCUCUGGCCUGGAAGACCCAACUUUUGGCUACUCUACUGGACAGCCUUGCAUCCUUCUAAAGAUGAACCGGAUUGUUGGCUUUCGUCCUGAGCGUGGAGACCCUGUGAAGGUUUCCUGCAAAGUUCAGAGAGGUGAUGAAAACGACAUCCGAUCCAUCAAUUACUACCCAGAGUCGGCUUCUUUUGACCUCCGCUACUACCCUUACUAUGGCAAACUGACUCAUGUUAACUACACCUCCCCGCUGGUGGCGAUGCACUUCACAGAUGUAGUGAAGAACCAAGCGGUGCCCGUGCAGUGCCAGCUGAAGGGCAAGGGCAUCAUAAAUGACGUCAUCAAUGAUCGUUUUGUGGGUAGGGUAAUCUUUACUCUAAACAUAGAAACCUAA